AGCACGUCGUCCACUAUGGCGGAAUGUAGCCUUGCUGACAGCAGGGACGCGAGCCGUCACCAUACCAUGGAUAAAAGCAUCACUCUACCUCCAGACGAGAUAUUCCGCAAUUUGGAGAACGCCAAACGCUUUGCCAUAGACAUAGGUGGAUCUCUCACCAAACUCGCCUAUUAUUCUACAGUUCAGCACAAAGUGGCCAAAGUUCGCUCCUUCGACCACUCGGCCAAGGAGGCGGCCGGCGACAAUCUUUACGAGAUCUCGGUUCAAGAGGAGGUGACGGCGCGCCUGCACUUUAUCAAGUUUGAGAAUGCCUACAUUGAAACUUGCUUGGACUUCAUCAAAGACCACCUUGUUAACACCGACACCAAAGUCAUCAAGGCCACAGGUGGCGGGGCGCACAAAUUCAAAGAACUGCUGGAAAAGAAACUGGGACUCAAGGUGGACAAAGAGGACGAGAUGACGUGUCUGAUCAAGGGAUGCAACUUUGUGCUGAGGAACAUCCCUCAUGAGGCCUUCGUGUACGCCAAGCACGCCGACUCCGAGUUCCGCUUCCAGACCACCCAGCCGGACAUCUUCCCUUACCUCCUCGUCAACAUCGGCUCCGGUGUCUCCAUCAUCAAGGUGGAAUCGGAGGACAAAUUCGAGCGUAUUGGAGGAAGCUCCAUAGGUGGGGGGACGUUCUGGGGCCUCGGGGCGUUACUCACCAAAACAAAGAGGUUUGACGAGUUGCUCCAACUGGCCUCGAAGGGGCAGCACACAAGCGUGGACAUGCUGGUCAAAGACAUUUACGGAGGAUCAUACGGCUCACUGGGCCUCACCGGUGACUUGAUUGCCAGCAGCUUUGGCAAGUCGGCCACGGCCGACAAAGAGUUCUCCAAAGAGGACAUGGCAAAGAGUUUGCUGCACAUGAUCAGCAACGACAUCGGCCAGCUGGCCUGCCUCUACGCCAAACUCCACCAGCUGCCGCGCGUCUACUUUGGGGGCUUCUUCAUUCGGGGCCAUCCGGUCACCAUGCACACCAUCACCUACAGCAUCAACUUCUUCACCAAGGGCGAGGUGCAGGCCUUGUUCCUCAGACACGAAGGCUAUCUGGGAGCCAUCGGGGCUUUUCUCAAAGGAGCCGAGGAAGACAAUCCAAACCAGUACAGCUGGGGGGAGAAUUACGCGGGAAGCUCCGGCCUGAUGAGUAUUUCUCCGGAAAUGAAUCCCAUGCAACGCGCACGAAGCGGAACGUUCGACAUGCUCGAGAUGGACCGUCUGGAGAGGCAGCUGGUGAAUCUCCAUCUGCUCCAGGACCCGUCUUCCUACAUCCCAGACACGGUGGACCUCACCGAGGACGCCCCGGCCCGCGAAUACUGGCUGGACUGCUUCGAGGAGGCCCUCGACGGGGUGGUGAAGCGAGCCGUGGCCAGUCAGCCCGACAUGGCCGAGUCGGCGGAGCGGGCCGAGAAGUUCCGCCAGAAGUACAGACACAAGCUUCAGACCCUGCGUCACCAACCCUUCGCUUACGGCUCUCUCACGGUCAGAAGUCUGCUCGACACGCGGGAGCACUGUUUAAACGAGUUCAACUUUCCCGAUCCCUACUCCAAGAUCAAACAAAAGGAGAACGACGGCGCGCUCAAAUACUACCAGAAGGCCGUCGGGUUUCUGGAGGCUCUGGGCUGGGAGCAGAGACAGUUCGCUCUGGUCCGGGGCGUCCUGGCUGGGAACGUCUUCGACUGGGGAGCAAAGGCCGUCUCCGACGUCCUGGAAUCAGACCCAGAGUUUGGCUUUGAGGAGGCAAAAAGGCAGCUGGAAGAGCGGCCGUGGCUGGUGGAUUCAUAUGACCAAUGGCUCCAGAGACUUAAGGGGCGUCCUCACAAGUGUGCCUUGUUUUUCGUAGAUAAUAGCGGCGUAGACAUCAUUCUAGGAGUGAUGCCUUUUGUCAGGGAGCUUCUCUCUCGCGGAACAGAGGUGGUGCUGGCUAGCAACUCCGGUCCGGCCCUGAACGAUGUCACGAAUGGCGAGCUGCAGAUUCUGACCGAGAGGAUCGCCGCCAUGGACCCGGUCAUUCAGGCGGGGCUGAGGGACGACAGAUUGACCUUGAUUCAGAGCGGCUCCAGCUCUCCUUGCCUAGAUCUAAGCCGCCUGGACAAAGUUCUGGCCAUGGUGGUGCGCGAGCGUCACACGGACCUGGUGAUCAUCGAGGGCAUGGGCCGGGCCAUCCACACCAACUACUACGCCACGCUCAGCUGCGAGAGCCUCAAAAUGGCCGUCAUCAAGAACUCCUGGCUGGCUGAUCGGCUCGGCGGGAAGCUCUACAGCGUGGUCUUCAAGUAUGAGGUGCCGGUCGGGAGCGCCGGCGCCGUCUGAGCCUUUAUGGACUCAACGUAAUGAAUGUAAGAUGGCUCAAUGAACGUUUGACAGGCGCAGGCAAGUAUUACAUUUACAGUAUUUCAAAACCAUCAUUCUUUUAUUGUUCUGUGUCACUUGGCUGGAUUUAAACUAUGGGUCCAGGUGACUAAUUCCACUCCAGUGCCGUUUGCGUCUUUUAGCCUAUUUAUUUACAUUGAGCAACCGAUAUGCUGAUAUCCCCCGUGAAUAAUAAGUCGAGUUGCUGUAAGUCGCAGGCAACUAGUCACAAAAGGUAUUUGUCACGGCGAAGCGGUUCAAACCGCGAGGAUCAUAAAGCAUCAACGCUGUGUUGCUAAUAUUGGCCUUGACAACCGUACUCAAUGAACCUCUCCCGCAGAAGGAGCCACAAAAGCCUUUUAAUAUCUGAAGGGAGGAUAACACUGCAUUUUUUUUUAGCUGUGUAUCACAGUGGUGUGUUGCGUUUAUGAACUCAACAAAGUGCUACAGAGAGCACAUUUUAAUUCUGCAUGAGAUGAGAAAAACACUUGGAUGAAACCUACUUUUAAAUAAAAUAAGUCAUUGUGUAUUUGAGUCCUCUUUGUAUUCAUCAGCUUAAAGCCAAACUUGAAUUAUUCACCUGCAGCAAGUCCAAAAAGCCGCCUGCUUCUGUACUCUGUCUUUAUUUUAUCUUGCGCUGAGCAGGCAAGUCAACUGUCAACUUGAAUUAAAAUGGACCUUUUCAUUUAUCAAUGUCAAAUGUAGCGAAUUAAAAUUUUCUGAGUGGCUAUAGUUGGGAUAUUUUGGAUAUAUUUUAUGUAUUUAUUUGCGUUCGCAUUGACAUACAGCUGAUACAAAACCAUUUUUUUAUCCGCAUUUGAAAAAGGCCUGAUUCUGAUGUGUUUAUUUGUCUUCACGGUCCCACAACAGCUCCCAAUUGUGUCGCUUGAGAGCAAAGGAAAUGGUGUCACGUGAACCUUGCAGUUUAAAUCCAGCUUUAGUGUUCCUCAGGAUUUGGGAAAUUCCUAUCAAGUCAGGUGUUAUUUUUGCCUUCAUGCAUUUCUUGCUCAAAAGUGUGUUGAAUGUGCCUUGGGCCUGAUGGAACGAAGUCAUUAGGAUUGGUUCUCAAAUUUACCGGGAUCCACAAUAAAUGUUUGCACUGAAUAGAUACCACCACAAGAUGGCAGUGUCGUACUGUGACAAAAAUAAUUGACUUUCAUACCGAUCACAGUCUACUUUAAUUCGGGUGGCAAACAACAAUUUCAAGCGCCUUAAUAGUAAACCGUGCAUUUCACUACAAUGCACCUUCUGUUGUGUUCUAAGAAUGUAUAUAAAGCACAUUUGAUUUAUU